GUCAACUUUGCAUCACACAUAGUUCUAUUCACACAAAUCUGUGUAUAUACAAAUAUUGAAGAAUAUAAGAAACACUUGUUUGUGCAAUUUAGGUCAAGUCACACAAGAAUGUAAUACAAGGAGGAAGUAAUCUAAUACAAUUUUUAUCUUUAAAAAAAUAUUACUUUUGUAUCAGCAUUCUCAAUGGAAAUGAUCUUUGAAAUCAAUAUAUCAAUAAAAUUAUACUUUUGAAAGAUCUUCAAGUUAUAUGUUACAUCACAUUGAAUGGCCAGAUAGCUAUAUGUGGUUGUUAAAUACUACUUGCAUUUUUUGUUUUAGAACAACUAAAAUUUAUUAACCGAAGAUUGUUUCUGGUCAUACAUGCAUAAAAUGGAAUAUAAAUUGGCUAAAGAUAUAUUUGAUCCAAAAUAUGCAGCAUUAAGUCAAUCUGAGCAGCUUCGUAAAACAUGUGAAAAAAUGCAGCAGGCGGGAGUUAUGACUGCAAAUGAUUCAAAGAAGUUCAUGAAAACGGUUAUUGAAGAACAAAAAGAACUUGAAAAAGAAUCAUUCAUUGAUAUGUUUACACAAAUGUUGACAAAAGAUAAAACAUCCAAAGAAGAUAUUUACGAUGAUGGCGAUCAAUCUCCGUUAAAAGGAAAUGCUUCUCAAAAGUUAAGAAAUCAGUGGUCGAGUGGCAUGGACUUCCAUCCAGGCAAUCUGUCUUAUUUUCACAAGUUGUGUUUUGAUGCUAACUUGCCUUUAGUAAAAAAGGCUUUGAAAGAGUGCGCGGAUAAACGCAAAUUAAUGGAGAAACGAGAAACUCUGAUGUCUUUUAAUGCUAUGAUUUGUGUGGUGCAAGGCGCGAGACUAGUCCAGCCGUCUGCUGGUAAAAACGAGAAUAAAUAUUGUGAUGUUCUAAAAGUGUUGAUUGCGGAGGGUGGCAAUAUCCAUGCCAAGGACGUGGCAGGAUAUUCAGUGUUAUACCACUGUGUUACAGCAUUUGGCAAUAUAAAAGAAACACUGAAACUUGCGAGAAUCUUAAUAGAAGCAGGAGCUGACCCAAACACUCAAAACCGAUUUGGGUGUACGCCUUUACAUGAGAACAUUAUGAUUAGAAGGUACUAUGUGCUAGAUUUUCUUAUUGAAAAUGGCGCCGAUCCGUCAAUUCAAGACAAUGAUGGCGUCUCACCGAAUUCUAUGGCAAAAUUACUGCCAGAAGGACAGAAGCUUUUUUCGAAAGCCGGAUUCUUGAUUGGUGAUAAAAAGCGACAAGAAGCUAAAUCAAGUGGCCAGUUAGGUAAAUGUUAUCAAUGUGGCAAGAAUGAUGCCAAGAAGAGGUGUUGUAGGUGUUUGGUAGCAUAUUAUUGCAAUAGGGACUGCCAACUGCAGCACUGGAAAAAGCAUAAGAAAGACUGUAGUGAAAAGAAAAAAGGGAAAAUCGAUGUUGAACUUAAAGGACCUGGCGUGGCUACAACAAUCAAUUUCAAAAAAGAAAAUUGCACCAUGACAACUGGGAAAGAUGCCCCCCAAAAAACAACUUUUAAAGUGAAAGUUCAAGUCCCUUUAAGUUUUCGGGAAGAUGACUCGCCCUUGUUAGUAUAUGAUAAGAAGAAAACCUUUCAAAAGUGGAUUGAAUCUUCCGAUCCUAAUUAUGGUAAAAUUGUGAAGAAGAUUAAAGAAGAAGGAGUAAUGAAAGCGAAGGGGUAUUUCUAUGCUUCACUUAACGAGAAUGGCAGCAUAUCUCUGCAAGUAGAUCACAUGUUGCCACCCGAAUCUUGGUGAACUUGGAUGUGACCGUCAUCUUCUCUUGCGUUACUCUGUCGUGUUUCUUUAAUUCGUAUUUAUCAGUUUGUAUCUUGAAUUUAUAAAGAAGUAAAAACAACUAAA